GUUCGACAAGGAUCAAAUGAAGCCAAAUUACAAAUAAUGAAAAUUAAAGUCACGACCUUCUCAGAUGAGAUCCACUAUCAUAGACCCCCAUUUAAAUCUCAUAGACCCCUAAUUUAUUUUUGUUCUUUCGUAGACCCCUUGGAAGUCGUUGUUAGACCCCUGGGAGUCUAUACAGACCACUUUGGCAAUCACAGAUCUAGAUCUAGUUCUAUUUUAGAUAAGAUAUUAUAAUCUAUAUUAAGUAAAGUUUAAACAGUUCUCACUAUACAUGCUCUCUGCAAACUGCACCACACGAAACCACCAACUUAAAAAACUUGAAAACUUAGGGCUCCAAAAUAACGUAAAAGUUUAAUGUCCAAAUAAGUCACAGCCAAUAUGCAACACGUAACACUGUACACAUUUUCUGCAGUGGAUAUCUGAACCGCCGUAUCAACUCUGUAAUUUUGUAGCAAUAACUCUACUGGCUUCUUUGUACCUUGUUGAAUUCUGUCGUAAACACUGAAUCGUUGAUCGGGAAGUUGUGACUGAUCCAACUCUGAUACCUUCGCUCUUUAUAUAAGGUCCCUAAUGGCCUUCUAGAACCGGACUCGGCCCUUCUGGGUGGUGACCUGACUAUAUCUGACGUGACUUGCCUGAAUACUAUUCAUUACACAGAGCCUUCCAGAACCGUCUUGUCACUCGUCGCGGCUGACUGUCCCCACUUGUCACGGUGGUGUAUGGAAAUUUAACACCGGAUAUUUAGGCACCCGGAAAUUUAGCCACCGGAUAAUGAGGCCCUUUUUGACAUGGCGGAAAAUUAGGCAUCGGAAAAUUAGGCACUCUUUUAUUAGUGACCUUAAUUUUGAAAAUAAUUUUAAAAUGUUUACGUAUAUUUUAUCCUUAGGCUAUAGGCUAUCAGUGACGUUAUAAAAAAUAGCAACUAUAACGAUUCUAACUACAUUUUCAUGAUACAAAACAAAAGCUAACGAAAUGGGGAAAAAAUGACAAUCAUGAGAAUGUGUGGAAAAAAUGUUUCCUGAUUCAUUAUAUAAUUGUAGUGGAGUGGAUACCGUUUCAGGAAACACCGGCCACCCCGAUAUCCACGUGACCCUUCACCCUAGAUGGCACCUUGUGUCCGCGCAUGACAAGGCAGACCAACGUGGGCACUGUCCAUUCAACCGACAUUUCUUGUCGCUGUAAUGUCCGUAUGUUACUGGACCUAAGUCGUCUCCACUCCCUUUUGUGCUUGGUUCUACACCAUGUGUUCGUAUGGCUGCAGGUCUUUAGUGUAUAGUAAAGUUUGGAAUCGUCCUACGAGUUGCCUUUCAUCAUUUAGAAUUUAGUUGUCUUCUGUGCCAAACCCACCACAGAAACUUGGUAGCACGAGGAAGUGAGACAACACUGUUCGAUCAGAAGACGCCUCAGAAUCUGCUUCCUGACAACCGAAACUAAGAAAGUGACAACCAGAAGUAGAUGUCAACAAGUAACAGUUAGUUUAUUCCUGUUUCUGUACUUUCAAAUAUUUUCUAUUUUUUGUUUUCUUCUUUUUGUUUCAGGGUAGUUAGAUUUAGUUUAGUUUAUUUUAAUAUAAUUUGCUUAUAUUUUCUUAAUUGUGAUUUUACUUCGCUUGAACAUUGUUUCUGUUGAGAUAGAUUUCGUUAUUAGGUUACUAUUAUUGUUAGAGUUUCUUAAGACCUGCAGCCAGAUGGAGGGGAAUAUGGUGGAACCUAGUUCAGUGAAGGGGAGAGACGUGGGUCCCACGUGCAGUGGAGGAGAGCCGGAGGGAAUGGAACGUGUCACUAAGGGGAUGUUUACUCGACUACAAGCUGAACUUGAGGCUUUGAGGCUGGCCUGUCAGCGCCCUCAUUACAUCAUAGAACCUGCUAGAAAAAUGAGACAGUUCAGCGGGGAUGGCAGAAAUGUUGAGGUUUCAAUUGAAGAUUUCGUCAGAGAAAUAAGAGAUCUAUGGGAGCUCCGGCCUUACCUCUCGCCUCAAGAGAAGACUGCAACCAUCCUUGAGAACAUAAGUGGUCCAGCUAGAGUAGAGGUAGAUCUUCAGCCACCUCAUAUCAGAAGUGAUCCAGAAGCUCUGCUCGAUGCACUUACCUCUGCGUUUGAAGUAAUUAUACCGGCUCGAGAGGCAGAGAUUACAUUUCUGAUGUCGCAGCAAAGAAGAAGUGAGCCACUGCUCGAAUUCUCUCACCGACUAAUUAAGGAGUUCACAACGGCCAUCAGGCAAGAACAAAGAGAAGGAAUAGAUUGCUUCAAGGAGGCAAGAUUGAGGGACCAAUAUGCCUAUGGAGUCAGAGAUCCAGAACUUCGCAGAGAGCUGUUUAGGUUUAUAGCGCAACAUCUCCAGAUAAGUUUUCAAAGUCUACGAAACUAUGCGUUCAAGUUGGAGAACCAGAACAAAGAGGCAGCUCGAGCCCAAGAGCAGUGGUCUGAGGUUCUCUUAGCAAAAUUGGCCAAGUUAGAGAAGCAACUUGAAGAGAUAAAGGGGUCAGGCUAUAACAUUCUGCUAAGUUCAACUAACGCUAACUCACUCUCUAGUCAACAACACCAGGGGUCUGGUUAUAACAGUCUGCCAAGCUCAACUAACCCACUUUCCAGUCAACCACAUAGUCAACGCAGACCAACACAAAGACACACGAAACAUAGCAACCAAAACAGAAUUCGACCAACAGCACCGCCGGGUCUUGUGUGGUUAAGGACGAAGAGAGGAUUUUUCCCAUACACUGAUGAUGGAUCACCAGUCUGCACCCAGUGCUGGGAAGCUGGACAUGUAAGGCGUCACUGUCAGCAAUCACCACAACUCACAGCUGAGGUUCAAUCUGUGUGCAAUGGUGAAGCCAUUGUUUCACAGCCAACCCACCAAGUAGAACAACGAACCAGUGAGCUACAAGCUGAUGCAAUGUACAAUACAGAUGCAAGUCACUCAAUUCAAACAUCGAGAAAUAGAAACUUUAACUCUGGGCAGCCAAACAAGAACAGGCAUAACAGAGUCCGGAGGCCAGAUAGACAAAAAAGAAACUACAAGCAUUUUAACCAGCCACAAAGACGAUUUCGCUCACUGCUCCCUAUCACACUUUCUACAGCUUCCCAGACAUUAUGUUUAGAGAAAGACAGACCACUCUGUAUGACCGAUGGAACCAGCACGUUACAAACUGGAAAGAUGCUUGUCGUUCCAGAAGACACUGAUAAGAAACAGUUGUUUCAGUUUUCAGAAACCUACUAGGCUGAACGCCCCGGGACGGGUCAUUUCAAGCUAAGGGCUCUGUAGUGGAGUGGAUAUAUUUUCAGAAAACACCGGCCACUCCGAUAUCCACGUGACCCUUCACCCUAGAUGGCACCUUGUGUCCGCGCAUGACAAGGCAGACCAACGUGGGCACUGUCCAUUCAACCGACAUUUCUUGUCGCUGUAAUGUCCGUAUGUUACUGGACCUAAGUCGUCUCCACUCCCUUUUGUGCUUGGUUCUACACCAUGUGUUCGUAUGGCUGCAGGUAAUCACAUUUUACUUAUUCAUAUUAGAUUGUAAAUUUAAUUACCGGUAGUAGUUUAUAUAGAAUAUCACUACCGCGGUUUUUGUUCAUGUUGGACUAUUCUUAUUUUUAAAAGCCAGCAUGUAGAUGAAUUCAUUUAUUGAAAUGCGUACCUGUAGUAUUCUAUAUAGAAUGUGAACUGUCCAUCUUGUAAAUGUAUUUUUACAACAAGUGUUUAGAUACUGGCUUUUAAGAAACAGUAUAUUUGUGAGUGUAUAGAUUUGUUAUAUUUAAUUAUAGUUUUUGUAAGGAAAGGAAAGAGCGAAACUCUUCAAACAAUGUAUGUUAGUGUUAUGUAGAACUAGUUGAUUUAUUUUUAGAGAACUAUAUUGUCAUUUAUUUUUAUAAUGUUUUUGGUGUUCCAUAUCUCUCUUGUGUUUGUAAAAGAGAUGAUAUAAGAUUUUCUUUUUGUUUUUCGUUAGAUCUAGUAUUUAGGCCUAUUAAUUAUGUUUAGUUUAUGUUUAUUUGUAAUUAUGUUUUAUGUUUGCCUUUGGCAGGUCUUUAGUGUAUAGUAAAGUUUGGAAUCGUCCUACGAGUUGCCUUUCAUCAUUUAGAAUUUAGUUGUCUUCUGUGCCAAACCCACCACAUAAUAUAGUCAUCACAGGAUUCAGGGGAGGGGAGGUAGAGAUGAUUCUCCGCUCAUUGCUUCCCUCCAUCUUCAAUCCCUAAGGUUGACUGGUGAGUUUUUUAAAUUGAUGGUCGCAUAAGUGCGGAGUCCACUGCGGUCACCUAAGGCCGGCCCUGCAAAAUAGCGGCGUAUCCUACGCCGCCGGUAGACUAGUUUAUAAUAAUUUAAUAAUUAUAAUAAUUUACGUGAAGGUAUGAUUCCCCCAUUCCUUUUGUUUUCAGUACCAAUUGUUUGCUCU